GUAGCUUGGUAGCGACUACUUCGGUUGUUAUGUGGUGUAAUAUUUUGAUGAAUUAAUUUUAAUAUCGAAUGAUUUAACUCAAUUUAUUUACUAUCAACAUCAAGUUAUAAAAAUGUCUGAGAAAUACGAUAAAAAUGGGUACAAUAGUAGUGAUUUCAAACGUAAUUCUAACCAAGAGCCAAACGCUGAAAAUCUUGGGGAUCAAGAUGGCGAAAACAACCCAGUUAACGAAAAAGCCGGUGAAUAUAUGCGCGAGUUGUUGAGUGAAAAGAUUAAAUUAAAUAAUGGAAAGUUUCCAUUAUCGACAAGGCUCCUCGAUCAAGAGGUGGUCAGAGUGCAAGCUAACGGUAGAGUACCACAAAAUGACUCCAAAUACGUAGAUGUAUAUAGAGACAAGGCGGUAAAAGUGACUGUCAAAGUGUUGGUACCGGUAAAGGACCAUCCAAAGUUCAACUUUGUUGGCAAGCUGCUAGGGCCAAAAGGCAACACAAUGAAACAACUCCAAGAAGAGACAAUGUGUAAAAUGGCUGUACUUGGCCGGGGAUCGGUUAGAGACAGGCAAAAGGAAGAAGAACUACGUAAUUCAUUGGACCCUAAAUACGCACAUCUGAUGGACGAGCUUCAUGUAGAGAUAUCUGCGUUAGCACCGCCUGCGGAGGCACAUGCAAGGAUUGCGUAUGCUCUAGCUGAAGUCAAGAAAUAUCUGAUACCGGAUUCAAAUGAUUUUAUACGACAGAAUCAAAUGCGUGAUAUGACUGAACGAGAUGUAGGACCCGGUAUAGGACCGGGGCCAGGUCCUGGGCCGGGACGUCGGGCCUUACUCGAGGGUCCUGAAGUAAGGGCAAAGAAUGUUAUGUACAGCGCGUGCACCGUUACAAAGCGGUCCUUCUCCUACAGAGAUCCAAUCCUUAAUACCCAAUCUGAAGCUCCUGGCGGUCGUCCUCCAAUGAACCGGGGUGCGCCUGGUAAGACUAAAGUGCUGAGUAUUUUGGACAGAGCGCGCACUGCUAUGGAGACUUCGUAUCCAUAUGAGGAUCCUUAUGCUGUACCAGAACCUCCGGUCCGUGGUGUGCCACGCGGUGUGCCACCACCUGAAGAUUAUUACUACGAACGUGGUCAGGAUCGAUUCUAUGAAGAGCCUUACUAUAAAGAGGAUAGAGAGUACAAGCCUGUACGCGAUGUGGGUAGCCGACGUGCGCCACGAUACCCGCGAGCUGCUCCCUACGCACGACCACCUAAGAGCGCAGGUUUUAAAAAAGCCUCUGACGGUGAUAGGAAGUCAUGACAUGAGAGUAAGAGAAGACAUGAACGCAAGUCUAAACACCAUGAUAUCGAGAAACCAAAGCGGAAAUCUGAAACUCGGACUAACAAAGA